AUGCGAUUGGGUGAACCCGUCGCCCGACAGAACUUCGAACUCGAGCUUUAUCUCAUCCUGGCAGCCACAGCGCUGUUGGCGACUUUUUGGAGAAAGUUUGUCGUUUUUGAACUUUUUUGUGAUUUUUAAAGUUUCGACAGACUUUUUCGAGUUGUGUUCAAUGGAGAAACGAAAAAUGUAUUGAAAAUCUUCAAAAUUAUAGAUAUUUUGUGUUUAAAAACAGUUUUGGAGCAUUUUUAAACAUGUUCCGGUUUUUUUCUAAUGAAAACGCUGUCGAAAUUCCUUGCUGAGAGUAAAAAAAACAUUAAAAAAAGCUCGAAGAUGUUUUAUUUUGGGUCAUUGAAGACCUCUGCGCGUUAGACCAAGAAUUUUUGAACCUUUUUUCUUUUUUUAAAGUUUUCUAAUGGUAAAAUUCACAGGGAAAAUAUGUUUUUAGUGAUUAUUUUGAUGCUAAAAUUGAGCAAAAAUCAAUGAAACUCAUGAAAAAAAGAGCUUUCUCGUUUUUUUUAGAAGAGAUUUCGUUUAGUGGUUUUUUUAAAUUCACUUAAUUCGUUUAGUUAUUUUGAUUUUUAAUUCAAUUUUUUUAUAGUUUCAAUUUAUUUUUCACUACCAGUUACCAGUUACCAGUCAGUGUGUAAAACUAAAAAAAUUUGAGGUUUUUUUAUUUUAAAUCUUCGAAAAAUUGUGUCCAAAACCCUUUUUCCUAUUCACCCGAAUCACGGGAUUUCAUUAAAAAUCACUUUAUUUCUAAUCUUUCAUUUUUGAAAGUUCUUCUGGUCUUUAAAAGCCCUAGACAAAAUUCUGUUAAUAUUCCGGCCCGUGGAAUAGUCCAAACGUGUGGGAAACUACCGUGAUUCGUGGGAAAAUUGGGAUUUUUGCAAAAUUUUGGUCAUUUCCCCACGACUUUUUUUCGAUUUUAUCGCUUUUUUGGAAUUUCUAAUCGUUUUAGAGUACUUCCAAUCAAUUUUUGGGGUUCAAAGUUUUGUGGAAGGCGAAAAUUGGCUGCAAUCUUUCUUCCGAUCAUUUUUUUUCGUCUUUUCUGUUCCCGUGUCUUGUCGAUCAAUCAAUUAGGUUCAAAGUUUUCCGGUUGUAGAGGAAGAUAAAUUUCGUUUUUUUCUUAACUCUGGUGUGACUGGGAAAGUUUUUAGGGGCCACUUUAGGGUUUUGACGGUCUAGUGGUCACUAUAGUGGUAAAUUUAGUGGCCGCUUAAGAGACUAAAAGUUAGUAGCUUCUUUAGGAGUCCUAGUGUAGUACUAGACCAUUGAAAACUGCUUUCAUGGUCACUAAGAAGCAAAUUAGUGGCUACUUAAGGGAUUAAAAGCUAGUGGCCACCAUAGUAGUCAAACCAGUGGCCACUUAAGGGGUUAACAGUGGCCACUUUAGUGUCCUCUGCAAGCAGCCCUUGAGGGAUUACUUAAGGGACCACUAGAGUUUUUUUCCAAGACUCUAAAAAAACUUUCAUGACUUUUUUUGUAUGAUUCGAUUAGGAAUUUUUAUUUUUUUAUAAUUUUUUUGGAUUGGUUUCUGGUUUCUGAGGGUUAUAAAAAAAUACUAAAAAGUAGGAUUUUAAAAAAAUUUUUGAAAAAAACAAAUCUUAAUACUUAAUUUUCAAUUUUCAAAAAAAUUUUUAAUUUUUCAGCUCUUGGAUCUUAUAGAAAAAAAGGUUUAUAUUGCAAAAAAAUGAUGGUUUUCAUUAAAAAAAUAUUGUUUUUUUGGUUUGGAAGCACAGUUUUUCUGAUGAAAAGAAGUAAUUUUUUUAAAAAGAUGAGAUUUUUUUCAAGGACUUGGGACCUUAAAAAAAGUGGAUUUUUUUCAAGAAAUUAGGAUUUUAUUAUCAAAAAUUUUUAAUCGAUUGCUACAUCAAAAUUAAAGUUUCAAAUUGAUAAUUUAUCACUUUAUCUUUAUAUUUUCGAUGCUAGAAAUUUUUUUCAUUUUCAUUUUUGCUCGUUUUUCAAUCAUUUUUUUGUUUCAGAUUUCAGAAUUCCUAUCUGUAAAAAUUUGCAGGAUACGUCGGCUGUUCCGACGCCAGAGAAGGGGCCUUGACGGCGUGGCCCACGACGAGAGAACCGACAGUUCCGUAGACGAAGAAGGAGACGAAGCGUCGCCAAGACGCCUCCAGCAAUCGCCGACGUCUUCCCGACGCCGAAGCAACUUUGGCGGCUCGUCCGCGCCCUCCAUCCCCGCCAUGGAACAUCUACAAGCUCGUCAGUAACAUGUGGACCUUGGAAAUUAGGAAAAUAGUCUUUUUAUGAAGGGAAACGGGGCAAUUUUAAACGGGAAUAGGGCAUUUUUUUUUGGUAUUUAACAUCAAGUGGACAGAUUUUGCUACUAGAUAAUUAAUUUUUGUACAAAAUGGAACUUAAUUUCAUUUUUUCUGUAGUUGAAUGCUUUUUUUCGGAGUUUUCAAGAAGUUUAUUAAGCAGUAUAAGUUUUAAGUAACUGAUCGACCGCUUUUAUUUCUGUCAGGUACAUCUACAAGCCCGUCAGUAUCAUGGGGACCGGGGAAAUUGGGAAAAAUAUUCAUCCUACGAACAGAAAUAAGGCUAUUUUGUGUGUAAAUAACGUUAAAAAAAGACAAUUUUUUUCAACUAAAUAUUGAAUCUUCGUUCAAAAAAAUGGUACUGAACUUCAUUUUCGCUUUUCUUAAAUUGGUUGUUUGGGGUUUUUGAAAAAGUUAUUUUUUUAUUUCUAUGUUAAUAACUUUAAAAGGACGACUUUACAGCUGAAACUUGAGAUUUUUGUAUUUUUGGUUGGGAAGUUCGAAAAGAAUGAACUUUUUUUGAACAUCUACAAGCUCUUCAAUAGAUUUGGAAGCUUGAAAUUAAUAAAAUUUCAGUUUUUUUAUUUCUAAACUCGGUUUUGAAUGGUCUGAUUUUGAGCUUAACACUGAAUUCUCAUAUUUUUCAAUUUAAAAAUGGUUAUCAUUCCAUUUUUCAUUUGAUAUAAGAUAGUAAAGGUUGUCAAAAUGUAUUGAACGAUCCUAAAUUGGUCGAGAACAUGUACAGCAUUUUCAGUAGUUUUUGAAGCUUCGAAAGUGAUACAGCUUAUCUUUUAACUUAGUGUGGUUCUAUAGGUAUGAAGUUUUUUUCUUCAUUUUUUUAUCUGUUUUUGAAUCAUAGAAUUUUUCAGCAACCACGAAUCGCUUCGAUCCAGACAUGGAACUUGAAGGAUUCGUCGAUGAUAUUAAUGGUUAUUUUUGUCAUUUUUCAUGGAUUUCAUGUCAAUUUUGAUUCAAUUUACAUUUUUUUAUUUCGUUUAUUACUCACCAGAAAGCUCUUUUUUAUAUAAUAUUGAUAAUUUUUCGAAUUUCAACUCAUCCAGGCUCAAAAAUAAGCCUUUUCCCUGUCGAAAAAGACUUUUACAGUCGAGUUUUUGAUCGAGUUUUUGGAAUUUUCAGCUAAAAAAUUUUUUUGCUUGAUUUUUAUGGAUCUUUAGGAAUCUUAGAGUGGUCUCUAUAGGGGUUAGGCAAAAAACAGCCGCUCGACUGGCCGAAAAAUGGCCCCUUUAGGGGUUUUCAUUUUCAUUCAAAAAGGCUUAUUUAUUCAGUUUUUCCCCAUAGAAAUACUUCUUCGCUUAAAGUUCAUAAUAAUUAUCGACAAAAAUUUUCCCUAUAGGGACCACUUUUGCAAGCUUUAGUGGCCCCUAUAGGGGUCGAUAAAGUGGUCCCUAGAGGGGAGCCUACAAUGGCCCUUAAGAUUGCCCCUAUAGGGGCCACUCUGAAGUUCCUAAGAUUAAUUAAUCUAGGACAGUUUGUAUCUUUGAAAUUUCAAAAAAUAUAUAUUUCAGACACCUCAACGACGGCCCCCGAAUGGUACGACGGGCCUCGCGAUGAAACGACUUUGCCCGCGAUUAUCGCUUCCAUUUACAGUGAUAAUACUGAGGAAGCGUCAGUUUUACAGAAUUUUUGAACUGGUUUUUGAGAAAAAAGUGCUUGAAAUUUUGAUAAAAAUUGAAGGAAAGAUGGAUUAUCAGCUGUAGAUUUUGAUAAUUUGACGAAAAUCGUUGAAAAUUACAGAAAAAGCGCUUUUUUGGCUGAUUUUUCGGUGUAAAGUUGAAGCGAAAAUGGAUUUUCAGCUCUUGAUUUUCAUGGAAGACGAACUGAAAAUGAUAUUUCAACAGUAAAUCGUCGAAAAACGACCGAAAGAGCUCUCAAUUUAACGGAUUUUUGCUAGAAAAUUGAAGGAAAGAUGGAUUUUUAGCUCUAGAUUUCGAUGGAAAGUUAAAAAAUAGGGAUAUUUUUGCGAAAAAUGACCGAAAGUAAGCUUUUUUGACUGAUUUUUUGAAAAAAGUGCUCGGAAAUUUGGUAAAUUUGAAGAAGAGGCUGGAUUUUGAAGAGAAAUGAAAGAAUUGAAAGAAAAUUUGUGUAAAAAGUCACCGAAAAGGGCUUUUUUUGUGAAAAAAAUUGCUACAAUAUGGAUUUUUUUACUGUAGAUUUUGAUCGCAAACGAAAGGAUUUCAAUAUUUUUUUACGGAAAAACGGCCGAAAAAUACGCUUUCUUGAAAUAAUUUUUCAUGAGAAAAAAAGCUCGAAAAAUUUUAUAAAAAAAUUCAAUAAAAAAAUGGAUUUUUCACCUCUAAUUUUUUUGAUUAAAACUUGAAUUAUUAUGAUAGUUUUGCAAAAAAAUACCUAAAUGUGCAAUAUUUAACAUUUUCCCAUGAAUCACCAUGAUUUCCCACACGUUUGAACUAUUCUACGGGCCGAAUUAUUCAUAGAAGUUGGUCUAGAACUUUUAAUGACCAGAAGGACUUUCAAAAAUGAAAGAUUAUGUACAAAUUGAUGGUAAUGAUGAUGAAUUUGGCGGUUCUCGUGGAUCAGAAAUGGGUUUUUCUAUAUAUUUUUGAAGAAUAAUCGAAAUUUUUCUUCAUGGUUUAUAGAUUAAUUUUUGGGAAAAAUACUUCGAAAAUAAAGAUAAAUAGGUAAAUUGAUAGUUGGGGACUUUUUAGAAUACGUAUUAUAAAAAAAUUACGUCCAGAUUUUAAAAAAAUGUUUUUCUUUUUUUCAGAUGCUUUUCUAGGCUUAUAAUAAGGGGAUAAUUGAGAAAUUUUCAAGAAGAUUUUGGAAAAAAAUAAAGAAAAUCAUGGUCAAGAUUUGAACAAGAAUAAACUAUUUUUCAGAGUUUUUUUGCGAAUAAAAAAAGGGCUAAAAAGGAUGAUAAUUGAGACAUUUUAAAGAGGUUUUCGGAGAAAAUGAACAGAAAAUCAUGAUCACAAAAUUUGAAAAAAAAAAGACUAAUUUUUAGAGAUUAUGCUAAGGAAAUAGGCAAAUAAACCGAGAAUCUAGAUCAGGACUUUUUUUUGAAAAUAAUUCAUUUUCAGAGACUUUGCUCUGAAGCAAACCUUGUCGAUACUGGAAACGAUGGAGCCGAAAAGCCAUUUUCCGGUUUUCGUCGACGCCCUCCAAGCGAUUGGAAAUCUUCUGCCGCCGAUCAUUAAAGAUCCCGAUAUUGGUCGGUUUUUGAAUGGAAAUAGUCGAAAAAUCGAAUAAUUUUUGAUAUUAAAACUUGGUGAUUUUUUUCUCGUUUUUUUAGGUUUAUGGAAAUGAAAAUGAGCUUUUUUUCCGGAAUUAUCUUUAAUCAUUAUGAAAAAAAUUAUUGAAUAAUCUUUUUCGGUUUCGUUUUGAGAAUUUUUUUCAGCCCGAAUACUGUAGUGGAUAUAAUAUCGGGAAAGUAUCUCGAUUUGUUAAAAAAAUUUUUUUCGAAUUAUUGUUUUUUUAGGUUUUUUUCUAAAUUUAUGAAGUAUUUUUUUGGAUUUUUUUAAAGCUUUUUUUAAAGUUUUUUUGCAAGAAUUAGAUCUUUUUCAAAGCUUUUUUUGUCGAUUUUUUUCAGUUUGAAAAAAAUUGAAAAAUUUGUAAUUUAAAAGAAGAUUUCAAGGUAUUUUUUUUGCUUUGAAAACCGUUACAGCUCAAUUUCCAUGCAAAAAGACAGGGAUUUUCAGCUAAAAAAAUUGGUAAAUCAAAAAAAGAACUGUCUUUUACUGCCAAAAAAAGGGGGGGGAGGACUUGGCAAAAAAAUACGAUUUUUUUAAAUAGAAUUUUUUUACUUUUUCCGUUAAAAAAAGGGAGUUGAAAAUUUGUUAUUUAAAUAAUAUUUUAGUGUUUUUUUCUGCUUUGAAAAACCGUUCCAGUUCAAUUUUCGUGCAAAAGACGGGAUUUUUUUCAGCUAAAAAUCGAAAAAAACCAAAAAAAGUGAAUUGACUUUUUACUGCCAAAAAAAGGGGGGGGUGGGCUUGACAAAAAAACACGAGAAAAUUGGGGGGAGGGUAUUUUGGCAAAAAAACUGUGAAAAAAAUUUUUUUUAGGGUGCGUGCUGGACGGCGCUAGCCCGAAAUAUUUGAAAAUAGCCAACUUUUCCAGCUUGAAAGUUAACUUGUUCAGGAGUCCCCUGGAGCGGCAUUCUGGACCUCGUUCGGGAGGACCCGUCGACUGCGGGCGUCCGUUUGAGCCCGAAUAUGGCCCAGAUCCUCCUCGACGGCCUCCCGUCCCUCUUCGAGCUCGUCACCAACAACGAGCCUCUGAAUCGGUCCUUUCUUUGUCCCUUUUUUAUUACUCGGAACUCCGGACGUUUCUGAGGGAUAACUUAAGAGUGCUGACGCCACUAAAGUGGUCACUAGGGCUCAGAAACAUCCGGGGGAAGGUAUCCAAAUUUUUUUCGUGUGAAAAAAAGCUCAAGAGUAAUUUUAGAAGUAGGGGAAAAGCAUUAUUUUUAAGAAUAACGGGAAAAAAAAAUUAUAUAGAGAGUCUAGAAAAAUUGAUUUUCAGUGAAGAUUCUGUUGCCAAAAAUAAAAAUAGGAAGCAGAAUUUUUUAAGGCAAAACUAGAUUUUUUGGAUUUUUCCUUUCGAGUCAUUUUUUAGGGGUUUCAAAAUAUUUCUGUACUUUUUUUUGUGUUAAAAAAAUGGUUUUUUUCCAGAAAAAAAGGGAAGCAUUUUUUGUUCUGAUCAGUUAGUUUAGUUGAUGAAAAAUGUCAUAGAGUUGGUAGAUUUGGAAAAAAAAAAGUGAUAAAAAUCCAUCUUUCGGCUCAUACCAUACGGAUCCCUUCCCGGGAUGAAACCUACUCCCCCAAAAAAAUUGGGCUCAUUCCAGUACAUUUUAAAAUUUUUUUCGCGCCCAAAUGCCUGGGGUGGGAUCCAGCUGAUGAAUUAUUUGUUUACCUUGUAAAAAAAUUCUCAUAUGGAACAUUUUGUUAUAAAUUUAUAGCCAUUCGAAUCGUUUUUUUGUGACAUUUUUCCAUUUUUUCCAUUUUUUCCAGAUUUCGCGACGUUCUCUCCUUGUUCAUCUCGAUCAGCAUCUGCACCGAAUCUUACGGAAACGUGAGGAUUUUUUUUUUGAAAUUUUUCGGGUUUCUACUGUCAAAUUUUGAAUGUGAAUUCGGUUCGGGGGGAUUUUUCAGGGUCUUGCCGGUUUUUCUUUGGCUUUUUAG